AAUAUGUUGGGAGAAGCAAAAAUGAUAGAUGAACCGCUGGGUGAAGAUAUUCCUAAUGAGCUCUCUGAACGUUGGGGAAAAAUCUUAAGGGACGGGUUGGCCAAGGAGGUCAAGCAAUCUCUCGUAGAAAAAAUGCUUAUACCGAGCAAUUUUUUAUUAGCUCGCGCACCCAAGCUGAAUCCAGAGGUUGCUGCAGUCAUUAAUGACGCCGCAAAGAAUCGGGAUUCCCGUUUAGAAAAGGCUCAGAACCAGCUGGGUCACGGCAUUGCGGGUCUGGCCAAUUUAACGAAAGAACUUAUAAAAUCAGAUUUAAAUAAACUUGAUAUUAUCAAGCAAAUUUCGGAAGUGACCCAGAUCUUGUUAGACCUUCACUACGAGGAGUCGAUCAAUAGAAGUAAGCUGAUUGUGCCGCUGCUGGAUAAGAAGUUUUGGAACACAAUAAAAGGUGUCAAACGAGACGAGUAUCUAUUCGGAGAGAAACUUGGCGAGACAAUUAAGAGCUCUAAGGACAUCGAGAAAUCGGGCCAGCAGAUUAAAAAAGCCUUUCAGUUCAACCCGGCGUUUCAGCAUCGUAAGCAAACAGCGCAGCCGGGAAACGCCAGAGCUCCCCCUCGCCAGAACAAGCCGAAGGCGACAUCGACAGCGACGUCGGGCAGGUACCACGAGCAGCACUCUGCGACAUCGGCGAGGAGGACGAACUAUCGUCGCGGGCGUCACUACUCGACCAGCAGGAACGAGCGGAGUCGCCGUUAGAGAGAGUGCCACCCCCUCUGGCGCAACCUUACCCUGGCGUGUGCAGUGUUAUCCGGCAAGCCUACUUGAAGCGCGGCAUACCGGAUGAAUGUAUAGAUAUAAUGUUACGAUCCUUAUCAAAGAAUACUCUUAAUCAGUAUAACGUUGCUUUAAAACAAUGGUUUACCUUUUGUCAGAUUAAUAACAUCGAUGUGUAUAAUGGCUCAAUUGCUGAUAUUUUGAGAUUUCUGACACAAAAGUUUAAUGAUAAUGCUAGCUAUGGCACGUUAAAUUCCUUUCGGUCUAGCUUAUCCUUAAUUAUGGGAAAAGAUCGAGUCAAUAAUGAUUGCAUUUCGAGGUUUUUAAAAGGGGU